AUGUCUGACAACGUAAAAUCAUUAUUAGGUGCACGAAUAAAAUUAAUCGAUCUAUUCUUACAAUUCCAUAAUUUUCUAGAACUGUCAGAAGAAGACGAAAUGUCGAGUGACGAAGAUAAACCACCUGCGCCGCCGGUCCGGUUGACCAGCAACCGUACUACCGAUCGCGGUGAUUCCGUGGCCUCUGUUGACAUGCGACCACUUCCCAAAGAACCGGAUGAUGGAGGUGAUAGAAAGAAGAAAACUUUGAAAGCUAAGAUCAAAGGCUCUAAAAGUACUGCCCACAAUGAUAACAAACCUAACAUUAGUUAUCCAACCAAUUUUGAACAUACUGUUCAUGUGGGAUUCGAUGCAGUGACAGGAGAAUUUACAGGCAUGCCAGAAGCAUGGGCCAGGCUCUUGAUGGCAGCAAACAUCAGCAAACAGGAACAAAAGAACAAUCCUCAAGCUGUACUUGAUGUGCUGAAGUGGUAUGAUGCUUCUGCCACACAGCCACCACCUUCAAAAUACAUGACAUCUGCACAGAUGCACACUACACAUUCAGCUGCAACCAAUUCGACAGGAUCGUCAGUGUCCAGAGUGUCUUCUAGUAGUCCUUCAUCAUCAACGCCUACUGAUACAGAACAUCCAGAGCCUCCCCCACCACCUCCAUCAAGACCAGAUCGUACUAAGAGUAUUUAUACAAAACCUAUCGAAGAAGAAGAGGUGCCGCCACCAAGACAAGUACCCGCACCUGCAUCUCCACCCCACGUACCACACCCUGCGCUCACGACACACUCGAUCUCCAGCCGAGUGGAGGUCGGCGCUGGUGGUGUGUUAGACCGCAACAAAAACCCCGCGAGCGGAGCGGUGCACCCCCAGACCGCGCCGCACACGCCGCCGCCGCACACGCCUCACGCCCCGCACCCGCCGCCCGCUAACGGCGCGCAGACCAACACUGACACCACGAGACAAACUAGCCAGCAACAGAGGAAAAAGAAGAUGACUGAUGAAGAGAUAUUAGAAAAAUUAAGAACUAUUGUUAGCGUUGGUGAUCCUAAUAGGAAGUACACAAAAAUGGAAAAGAUUGGUCAAGGCGCGUCGGGAACUGUAUACACCGCAAUUGAAACAUCGACGGGUAUGGAGGUAGCGAUUAAACAAAUGAAUCUAAGCCAGCAACCCAAAAAAGAGUUGAUCAUCAAUGAGAUCCUUGUCAUGCGGGAGAAUAAACACAACAACGUCGUUAACUACCUUGACAGCUAUUUAGUUAAUGAGGAAUUAUGGGUUGUAAUGGAAUAUCUAGCAGGUGGGUCCCUGACUGACGUAGUGACGGAGACAUGUAUGGACGAAGGACAGAUCGCGGCUGUUUGUCGCGAAGUACUUCAAGCACUACAUUUCCUGCACACUAACCAUGUUAUACAUCGAGACAUAAAAUCCGAUAAUAUAUUGCUUGGGCUAGAUGGACAAGUUAAGCUUACGGAUUUUGGUUUUUGCGCUCAAAUAUCACCUGAACAAAACAAACGAACUACUAUGGUCGGCACUCCAUACUGGAUGGCGCCUGAAGUUGUUACCAGAAAGCAGUAUGGUCCUAAGGUGGAUGUAUGGUCAUUAGGUAUAAUGGCUAUCGAAAUGAUAGAAGGUGAGCCACCAUAUUUAAACGAGAAUCCCUUGCGUGCGCUGUAUUUAAUAGCUACCAACGGCAAGCCAGACAUAAAAGAUAAAGAGAAGCUUAGCACUGUCUUCCAAGAUUUCCUCGACCAGUGUCUCGAGGUAGACGUUGAAAGGCGCGCAACAGCGCUCGACUUACUAAAGCAUCCCUUUUUGAAAAUGGCGCGACCGUUGGCUUCGCUUACUCCACUAAUUAUGGCGGCAAAGGAGGCAGCCAAGGGACAUUAG